AUGGCUUUUGGCGUAUUCAGUACGCUGUCCGGCCCAGUCCUUGGAUUCGAGGACGUAAAUCCUCUGUAUCUUGUUGGGAGAUCCAUGAUCCUCUUCUGGUGGGCGUGGAUGAAUCUGCUGCUCCUUUGUAUCAACAACCAAAGAAAAGCCGAGGACAUCCAAGAAGACCGUGUUAACAAAGCCUGGCGGCCUCUUCCCUCGGAUCGUCUCACAAUUUCGCAAGCUGAAAAGCUUCUGUGGGGCGCUGUACCGGUGAUUGGCCUCAUUACUCUCUGCACAGGAGGUUUUCCUCAGUACGUGUUGCUGACCGCUUUGAACUUCUGGUACAAUGAUGGAGGCGGAGCUCAUAAUCCUAUCUUUCGCAACCUUAUCAACGCAUGCGGGUUCGUUCUCUACGCCUCGGCAGCAAUAGACAUAGUCGCAACAGCACCGCUUUCAACAUAUACGCUCACAAUCUUUCAAUGGCUAGCUGUUAUCGGUGGAGUCGUGCUUACAACGAUCCAGAUACAAGAUCUGCGCGACCAAGCAGGAGAUAGUCUGCGAGGACGACCGACGCUGCCGAUCAGCAUAGGAGACGGGAAUGCCAGGUGGACAGUCAUCGUCCCAAUCCUCUUCUGGUCGACGUUUCCUCCAUUUUUCUGGCGGCUGGAUGUUGGUGGGUACGGUCUGACUGUGCUCAUUGGGGCAUUCACCAUUGGUCGAUUAUGCUUCUUGAGAACGUCUGAAGGAGACAGAACCACGUUCAAGAUUUGGAGCUUGUGGCUUGUCUCUAUAUACUCGCUGCCGUUAAUAAAAAUGUAUUAUACAAGGAGAGAGCAUCUGUGA